AUUAGUUUGAUGAAAGGAAAAGAAGUUGACCCCAAAAGCUAUCAUCAUCAUUCAUCGUCCACUGAAAUGAUGUAGGAAACGAAUGAACAAAAUUUGGAAUCGAAUUCCAUUAAAAUCAGUAAUUUAGUAUGCAGGUUCAUUGUACCUGCACUCACCCACCCAUGAGAUUUGCGCCUUCUUCUUCUUUUUCCAAAUUCAUUGGCUUUUCAAAGCAUUUCCACACUCUUAUUGCUCCUUCUUCCCCAAAGUUAUCGCCUUUCGUUCUUGCUGCCACCAUGUCCACCGACACUCUUCCCACUCAGAAUCACACCACCGCCACCACCACCACCCAACGUCCUUUGCAGGUUGCAAAGCGCUUAGAGAAGUUCAAAACAACAAUCUUCACCCAAAUGAGUAGUCUUGCAAUCAAACAUGGAGCCAUAAAUCUUGGUCAAGGAUUUCCCAACUUUGAUGGUCCAGAUUUUGUGAAGGAAGCAGCGAUUCAGGCAAUCAGGGAUGGCAAAAAUCAGUAUGCCCGUGGCCAUGGAAUUCAGGACCUGAACCUUGCCAUUGCCGAGAGAUUUAAGAAAGAUAGUGGACUUGUGGUGGACCCUGAAAAGGAAGUUACAGUUACAUGUGGGUGCACUGAAGCAAUUGCUGCAACUAUAUUAGGAUUGAUAAACCCUGGCGAUGAGGUUAUUGUGUUUGCUCCCUUUUAUGAUUCUUAUGAAGCUACUUUAUCCAUGGCUGGUGCAAAUAUAAAAUGCAUCACUUUGCGCCCUCCGGAAUUUGCUGUCCCAAUCGAAGAAUUGAAGUCAGCUGUGUCGAAGAAUACUCGUGCCAUUAUGAUAAAUACUCCUCACAAUCCUACCGGAAAGAUGUUCACCCGAGAGGAACUCGAUUCCAUUGCAUCUCUUUGCAUUGAGAAUGAUGUUCUUGUUUUUAGUGAUGAAGUCUAUGAUAAGUUGGCAUUCGAUAUGGAGCAUAUUUCACCCGCUUCGUUACCUGGCAUGUUUGAGAGGACAGUGACAAUGAACUCCUUGGGGAAGACAUUCUCCUUAACAGGAUGGAAGAUCGGGUGGGCCAUAGCACCCCCGCACUUAACAUGGGGAGUGCGACAGGCACACUCUUUCCUCACUUUCGCAAACUCCACUCCUAUGCAGUGGGCAACAGCAGAAGCUCUUAGAGCACCAGAGUCUUACUAUGUGGAGCUAAAGAGAGAUUACAUGGAAAAGAGAGCUAUUUUGGUGGAAGGAUUGGAAUCUGUUGGCUUCAAGGUAUUUCCAUCAAGAGGAACCUAUUUUGUGGUUGUGGAUCACACGCCUUUCGGACUGGAAAACGAUGUAGCAUUUUGUGAGUAUCUAAUUAAGGAGGUUGGGGUGGUGGCGAUUCCUGUCAGCGCAUUUUGCUUGGAUCCAGAAGACGGAAAGAAUCUUGUCAGGUUUACUUUCUGCAAGGAUGAGGGAACACUGAAGGCUGCAGUUAAGAGGAUGAAGGAGAAGCUUAGAAAAUGAUCCUAUUGCAUGAUCAAGUAAUGUGAUGUGAAAUCAUUACAAAAGUGUUGAGUUGUAGUAACUUCUGGUUUAUUGAAUUAUAUGCUUGGCUAUCUAGUCACAGGUCCUCAUAAGCUGGUAAUUCAUGUUGUUCAGAGUUCAUCUAACAUUUUUGGUUAGGGGUAGUUUAUUCUUUUUCAUGUUUUCAUGGAUCUUAUCCCCUGCCCCAAGCCUUUUCCCCCCUUGUUUUGGAUGUAAUGUAGGGAAUAAAUAAUAAUAUGGAUGAUGAUAUUUUGGUA